GGUGGAGUGGGCAGGCUGAGGGUUCAGCCCCCCGCCAUUGGUACUUACAGAGUAGGGGAAGCUGCCCUGGAACCUAACCCCCCCUAUUUAUAUUAAUUCUUAUGGGGAAAUUGGAUUUGCUUAACAUUGUUUCACUUAAAGUCAUAUUUUUCAGGAACUACAACGUUAAGUGAGGUGUUACUGUAUUUCCUUUCCAUACAGAUGAAAUGUCCCCGCCAGCAAAGAGAGGGACAAAGUUUUUUGUAGCAAGAUGUGACAAACCCUGAUAUUGCUCAUUUUUCCUACCCAGAGCAGAAUUUCCAAUUAAAAAACUGGACAUAAUCUCCCUCAUAGAACGAGAGGAAGAGCCUUGGGUUCAUGAUCUCCAGGGCUACGAGGAAAAGGAGAUGCUGAGUGGCACCUGUGCAGGUGAUGGGAUUGUGAGUGAGAAUGGGAAGGAGAAUCUGCACCAGGACAGUCAUGAGCCAAUGGAACCACAUGGCACAUUACCAGGAGCAUCCCAAAGGAAUAUUUCCCAGAGUCCUGAGCAGGAUAAAGUCUGUGAGGGUCAGCACAGAUCAGAAAGGCAUCAAAGAACUCCUCCAGGGAAGAGACUAGGUCAAUCAACUGCAUGUGAAAUAGGUUUUAGGAAACUACCAGACAUUAUCCAGCUGGGAAAUCCCAAGAUGGGGAAACCAAUAAUAUGUGAUGACUGUGGGAAAAGCUUCCGGCUGAGAUCAAACCUCAGACAGCAUCAAAGGAUUCACACUGGAGAGAAACCCUUUGGAUGUGCCGAGUGUGGGGAAAGUUUCCGGCAGCGCUCACAUCUUAUUCAGCAUAAGACAAAGCACACGGGGGAGAGACCCUAUGAAUGUACCGAGUGUGGGAAAAGCUUCAGUAUGAGCUCAAAACUCAUUCGGCAUCAGAUAAUCCACACAGGAGAAAAACCCUAUAAAUGUGGUGAGUGUGGCAAGAGCUUCAUUGGGAACUCACAGCUUAUCCUGCACCAGAGAGUCCACACGGGUGAGAGACCCUACAAAUGUGGUGACUGUGGGAAGAGCUUCAGUGUGAGCUCAGCUCUUACUCAACAUCAGAGAACGCACACUGGAGAGAAACCUUAUGAAUGUGCCGAGUGUGGGGAAAGCUUCCGGCAGCGCUCACACCUUAUUCAGCAUCAGAGAAUCCAUACGGGUGAGAGACCCUAUGAGUGUUCCAAGUGUGGAAAGAGCUUCAGUGUGAGCUCUGCCCUCAUUCAGCAUCAGAGAUUCCACACAGGGGAAAGACCUUAUGAAUGUGCUGAGUGUGGGAAAAGCUUCACAGUGAGCUCACACCUGAUUCAGCACCGGAGAGUCCACACAGGGGAAAAGCCCUACGAAUGUGCUGACUGUGGGAAAGGCUUCCUUUGGAGAUCAGCCCUUCUUCGACAUCAGAGAAUCCACACAGGACAGAAACCCUAUGAGUGUACCGAGUGUGGGGAAAGCUUCCGACAGAGCGCACACCUUAUUCAGCAUCAGAGAAUCCACACUGGGGAGAGACCCUAUGAAUGUGCCAACUGUGGAAAGGGCUUCACUGUGAGCUCUGCCCUCAUUCGACAUCAGAGAAUCCACAUGGGAGGGAAACCCUAAAAAUGGGCUGAAAGCUUCAUGUCAGAUAUCCCUCCAGAGUCUCCCAAAAGAUAGUAGCCAGGCAUGUUUCUUGCUUUGAGUCCAUAAGGCUCUUCUCUUUUCACAGAGAAUGAAAAAUGCCUUGUUGAGGAUGGUCAAGUUAAACAAAGAGGAAAUGUUGGUGCAGGGAGAAGGAUCAUGUAGGGACCUGAGGUGUGGAGAGGAAUGUAUGCUGGGAGCCAGAGCCAGAGACCGGGAGGUGCUGUGGGCAGCAGGAGGAUUGAGCAUUUGGAGAUAAAAGGGAAGCUGUUGGUAUAGUUGGAGAGAAGUCCCCCAUGAGAACCAGGGCUGGAACUAACAAGGACUGUGCCAGGGGAAAGGACUGGGCCCAGUAUCAUUGGUGCCCAUGUGGAAAAGCUGGAAGGGGUAGCGAUCCAAGGGCUUGAUGAGUCU